AUGUUAGACCGAAAUGAGGCUAGAAAUCGGCGCUCAAAAGUGCUGUACCCCAUCGAGGGCGUGUCGGUCGUGACCCUGGACAAGGACCUGCAGUGGGUGCAGCGGCGCGCCAAGCAGGGCGACAACGUGGAGCUGGCGUGCGACGUGAGCGGGUCGCCGACGCCGCCCAUCGUCUGGGAGCGCAACGGCGUCUACCUGGGCACGUCUAAGGUCACGACCUCCUCGACGGGGACCUCGGCGGCCGCCCCCUCCACCGAGGCGCCGCCGCACUACCCGGCCCAGGACCUCGGCUUCAAGGUGUUCGAGGACGGCUCGCUCUUCGUGCCCAACACGCAGAUGUACCACGCCGGCAACUACUCGUGCUACGCCACCCGGAACAAGGAGGUCGUCCAGAACCACCACCUCGAUGUUUACAGUGAGCUUCAAAACAACUCGUUUCUUUUGCAAGAGUCAGGUGUCAUCAGGGUUUUCGGUUACCACCCGACGCUCCCAGUCCCAACAAAACAACCGAUGGAGAAACGACGAUCGUGUAUCAUAUCGGAGUAACCCCUGAAGUACUCCUG